AUGUCUGGCUUCGGCUCUUCUGCCGCGUCGACAUGGCUCAUGCCACUCGUGAUCAUCCUCUCAUGGCAAUUCCUGCCCUCGUUAGCGACCCGCAUCCUGCUCGCUGUCUUCUACAGAGUCCAACCGUCGGCGCGACCGAUCAUACAGCGCACAGACUCGGUCGAGUCCGUUGCAAUCAAGCAGAAGCGUGCAGAGCUGCAUUACAAGAUUGCGGCAGGCGUCGUCAUCGGCGGCUAUCUGCUCUAUACGGUCGUUCAAGCCUAUCGCAAGACGCUCCUCACAGGCAAUUUUUAUAGCGAUCUUGGCGUUGCCCGUCCGUGGGAAAAGGCCGAAUUUGAUGAGAACGAGCUCAGAGUCAAAUGGCGGCGACUCGCUCGAGUCUAUCAUCCCGACAAGAGCCAGGCAUCUGCCGGGCCCGAAGACCAAGCCGCUCGGGAUGCACUAUUUUUGCGCAUGCGAGGGGCGUAUGAAGUCCUCGCAUCCGAAAAGCAACGCAGGGCCUACACUCGAUUUGGCAGCGACCUGAUAGCAAGCUGUGGCAAUCGCUGCUCGACCGACAGGGACUACAUACUCGCCUACGUCAAUCAGUCUCUGGUUUAUUAUAUCAUGUUCCUUGUAUUGAUGCUCGUCUUCACCUUUGGAGGUCCCAAAGGCAGUCAGGGCAGCUUCUACUGGCGGAUCGUGGGAUUGCUGAGCUUGAUGUCGUUCGAGUAUUCGUUGAUACUUGCACCGAUCAACGUAUCGCUAUCGGUCAGCAAGCAAAGCCUGGUCAAUCGCAUGUUUACAGCAGCACCCUCUGCCCUGCGCUUGCUUACAUUCGAAGCCGUCUCUGUCUUUCGGCAGUUCUUCAUCAGCUUCUCCUGUGCUGUGACUCAGCUGGGUCCACUCUUGUCGGCAGAGCUCGCUGCACCAGUCCCGCUUCCUAAGACGGUCGCAGAGAUGAACGAUUUCAUCAAGGCGGAAGUGCGAGCUGUCGAGCCAGCUUUGAAGCACCUCGACGAGCUGACGUCGUACGGCCGCCAGCGCUCGUUGAACGCCCUCGCUGGCCAACUUUCGGUACUUGCGCAGGCCGACUUGCUCGAGCAACGCUCGGACUUGCUAAGCCAGGGCACGACAGACGGCAUUGCGAAGAAGGACGUGAUACUCAGUUCAGACCAAUUCGAAAUGCUCAGUAAGAGGAUGAUCGAUAUGCUGUGCGAACAGAGGCUACGGACGACGCCCGAAGGUGCUCAAGCGUGGCAAGACGUCAUCAUCAAGCAUGCCGAGCAAACCAAGCCAUCACUGGGUAAUCAGCACGUAGCUGACAAUGGACCGAAGAUAGCAAGGUUACCAACGGUUGAUAGCAAGCUUACGCGAGACAGCCAGUCAGUGCUAGACAGCAAGCCAGUAAUCAAGCUAGAGGAGGAAGUCGCUACAGUAGCAGUGCCCCUGAGGACGAGUGACAGCAAGACAUUCAAGGGAGAGUGA